CCCGAGGCCCCGGAUGACAUCGUUCUUUUAACCCCACUACCCCACCAACCACAGCUCCUCCAAUUUCCCAACUCACAAACUCACAACUCUACAGCUCUCUUUACAUCUAUACUUCAUCUCAAUAAAAUCCCACUCGCCGUCAACUCAUCUCAUCUGAACUCCUCAAAAUGGCACACACAUACGCCUCCGAAUACCCAGCAGGACUAAACGUCGACCAUGGAAUCAAGACUUUCUUCGAGGACUUCUAUAAAAUCAGCGAUACCGGCACCGAGGAGGCACAUGAGUUGUACGCGGAUCAGUUUACAGCGGACGCUACGCUUGUUAUGGCUUCUAAGGUUAGGAAGGGGAGGGAUGAAAUCCUGCAGAUCAGAAAAGGGAUGUGGGAAAAGGUCGCUUCGAGAUUGCAUAGACCGGUCAAGAUCUUUCCUUUUGGCGAGGGUGCGGAGGAGGUUAUGCUUUAUGGGACGGUGAAGUAUGUUUUGAAGGAUGGGAGGAAGGCUGAUGUUGAGUGGGGAGCGAGGGCGAAUUUGGUUAAGGAGGAGGGGAAGUGGAAGAUGGGGUUUUAUCAGGUUUAUUUGGAUACUGCUGCUAUGCAGAAUGCUAAGUGAGGGUACGGGGGUUCGACUUAGUGUCUUAUGCGAGCUCAAACUGGACAAUUGUAUAGGAUGGAUGGAGAUGCAUGUGUACUGAAGCGAGGAAGAGAGAGAGAGGUAAACGGGCUGAGAAAAGGAGAAAACUUCGCUUGAUGGCUCUCCCAACAAAGAUACAGCAUCUAUGGAAGUCGUGUUCAGAGCUAGAACCUGCCCAAUUGCCUUCUUGAAUAGAUCUAGACCCGGUCCUGGAUACUGCGCCCUUGCAUUCAUCUUCAAGGUCCAUAUCAUUGGAUCCUUCUCUCAAGAAUACGAAUCCGACCAAGAGACGAAUGAUUCCAAGAAGGAAAAGAACGGGCAUAGAAAGUCGUUCAUCUGUAU